GACGGCUCAUUGCCAUUGGUGAGCUCUCCCCAUUAUGGCGGAGAAUGGAUUGUCUCUUCUUUUCAAAUUCAUGUUUUGUGUCUUGAUGCUGGUAUUUUAACCCAGAAUAGAUUUAGUUUUUACUUAAAGCACACUUCGUUUUACUUCAACCACACUUCGUUUUAAGUCAUGGCAGACCGUGGCGUGGAUUUCUCUGGUAUACCGAAAGAGCUUCGAGACCAUUUGGCAGAGUUGGAAUUGGAGCUAUCGGAAGGUGACAUCACACAGAAGGGCUAUGAGAAGAAACGAGCCAGGCUGCUGGCCCCUUUCCUCCCUCAGAUCACCAGUGUGGAUCUGCCUCUCCCAGACGUCCAGCAGCAGUCGUCCUCCGGCCCUACCAGUGGUGAGCCCAGCCCUGCCAGCUCUGACCGUAGCCCUGCCAGUCCUGAGGCCUCUGGCCCCUCUUCUUCCUCUGGGGGGCGCAGAAACCGCAGCGGGGGGGCAAGGGAUGACCGCUACAGAUCAGAUAUCCACACGGAGGCGGUACAGGCAGCGUUGGCCAAACACAAGGAGGAGAAGAUGGCACUGCCCAUGCCCACCAAGCGCCGCUCAGCCUUCGUCCAGUCACCCGUAGACAACUGCACCCCUCCAGACACAUCGUCAGCGUCUGAGGACGAAGGCUCUUUGCGUCGCCAGGCGACUCUGAGUGCAGCGCUGGCCCAGAGUCUCCAGAGCCCAGACUACUGGAUCAACCGCUCAGUGCAGAGCUCCUCCACCUCCUCCUCCGCCUCCUCCACCCUGUCCCAUGGGGAAAAUAAGACUCAGACGCAACCGCAGCCACAGCCCACCUCAGCACUGGCCGACAUACUGGCAAGCACACGCAUAGAGAACAGUGUCCCCCCAGAUGUGACGUCCUACACCCCUGAGAGGGGUUCAAGGGUGGACUCCAGGGUGGACCUGCCCCCCAAUGCUAUGACCAGGGGGAUGCCCCGAGGACAGAGCCGCACCAGCAUGCUGGAUACCACCGCUGACGGUGUGCCAGUGAACAGCCGUGUUUCCACUAAGAUCCAGCAGCUGCUGAACACUCUGAAGCGGCCCAAGAGACAAGCGCUCAGUGAGUUCUUCCUGGAUGACUCCGAGGAGAUCGUAGAGGUGCCCCAGCCGGACCCCAACACCCCCAGGCCAGAGGGCCGUCAGAUCAUCCCAGUGAAGGGGGAGCCCCUGGGGGUGGUCAGUAACUGGCCCCCGGCCCUUCAGGCAGCCCUGGCACGCUGGGGAGCCACACAGGCCAAGAGUCCCGCUCUCACCGCCCUGGACGUUACCGGGAAACCCCUCUACACGCUGACAUACGGUAAACUGUGGAGCCGCAGUCUGAAGCUGGCCUACACUCUGUUGAACAAACUGGGCACCAAGAACGAGCCUGUCCUGAGACCUGGAGAUAGGGUGGCGCUGGUGUACCCCAACAGUGACCCUGCUAUGUUCUGGGUGGCCUUCUAUGGCUGUCUCCUAGCAGAGGUCAUCCCUGUACCCAUAGAGGUGCCACUGUCUAGACAGGACGCAGGCAGUCUUCAGAUUGGCUUCCUAUUGGGCAGCUGUGGGGUAGGCCUGGCCCUGACUAGUGAGAUCUGUCUCAAAGGACUGCCCAAGACACCCCAGGGAGAGAUCAUGCAGUUCAAAGGUUGGCCCCGUAUGAAGUGGGUUGUGACAGACACCAAGUACCUGACCAAGCCCUCUAAAGACUGGCAGCCCCACAUCCCCACCGCCAACACAGACACAGCUUACAUCGAGUACAAGGCCAGUAAAGAGGGCACAGUGAUGGGAGUAGCCGUGUCUAAGAUAGCCUUGCUGACUCACUGCCAGGCCCUGACACAGGCCUGCAACUACUGUGAAGGAGAAACGUUGGUCAACGUGCUAGAUUGUAAGAAGGACAUGGGUUUGUGGCACGGGGUGUUAACCAGUGUGAUGAACAGGAUCCACACCAUCACUGUACCCUACGCUGUCAUGAAGGCCUGUCCCAUGUCCUGGGUGCAGAGGGUCCACAUACACAAAGCACGUGUCGCCUUGGUGAAGUGUCGUGACCUCCACUGGGCUAUGAUGGCUCACAGGGACCAGAGAGACACCAACCUGUCCUCCAUACGCAUGCUCAUAGUAGCCGAUGGAGCCAACCCCUGGUCUGUGUCGUCGUGCGACGCCUUCCUCAACGUGUUCCAGUCUCACGGGUUAAAGCCGGAGGUCAUCUGCCCCUGUGCCUCCUCUCCUGAAGCCCUCACUGUGGCUAUCCGCAGGCCUGGUGCCCGUGGUGCAGCCCUCCCAGCCAGAGCCAUCCUGUCCAUGGGCGGUCUGAGUCACGGGGUCAUCAGGGUCAACACAGAGGAUAAAAACUCUGCCCUCACUGUACAGGACGUGGGCCAUGUCAUGCCUGGAGCUCUGAUGUGUAUCGUGAAGCCAGACGGCCCUCCGCAGCUCUGUAAGACAGAUGAGAUCGGAGAGAUAGUGUUGAACUCCAGGGCUGGCGGAACCAUGUACUACGGCCUACCUGGAGUCACCAAGAACACCUUCGAGGUGAUUCCCGUGAACCAGGCUGGAGCUCCGUUAGGAGAGAUCCUCUUCACUAGGACUGGCCUGCUGGGCUUUGUAGGGCCGGGCAGUCUGGUCUUUGUAGUGGGAAAGAACGAGGGGCUCCUGACGGUCAGUGGUAGACGGCACAAUGCUGAUGACCUGGUGGCCACCGCCCUGGCCGUGGAGCCUGUUAAAACUGUCUACAGGGGGAGGAUCGCUGUGUUCUCAGUGACCGUGUUCUAUGAUGAGAGGAUAGUGAUCGUAGCAGAGCAGAGGCCUGACGCCAGUGAAGAGGACAGCUUCCAGUGGAUGAGCCGAGUACUACAGGCCAUAGACAGUAUUCAUCAGGUGGGUUUGUACUGUCUGGCCCUGGUUCCGGCCAACACGUUACCCAAGACCCCGCUGGGAGGGAUCCACAUCUCUGAGACCAAACAGAACUUCCUAGAGGGGAACCUGCACCCCUGUAACAUCCUCCUCUGUCCACACACCUGCGUCACCAACCUGCCCAAACCACGACAGAAACAGCCAGUUGGUGUGGGCCCGGCCUCUAUCAUGGUUGGUAACCUGGUAGCGGGGAAGAGGAUGGCCCAGGCUGCAGGCAGAGAGCUGGGAGUGCUGGAGGAAGAGGGCCUGGUCAGGAAGCACCAGUUUCUGUCUGAAGCCUUACAGUGGAGAGCCCAGACCGACCCUGACCACGUCCUCUAUGUGCUGCUCAACGCUAAGGGGGUAGCGGUGUGCACGGCCACAUGUAGUCAGCUGCAUAAGAGAGCAGAGAAGAUAACCUCAGCCCUGAUGGAGAGAGGAGGCCUCAACACUGGAGACAACGUAGUGCUGCUAUACCCUCCUGGCAUUGAUCUGAUAGCUGCCUUCUAUGGCUGUCUGUACGCGGGGGUGAUCCCUGUAACAGUGCGGCCCCCUCACCCCCAGAACCUGACUGCUACCCUGCCCACCGUCCGCAUGAUCAUCGACGUGAGUAAAGCAGCCUGUAUCCUAACCACCCAGCCCCUUAUGAGGAUCCUCCGGUCCAGAGAGGCUGCUGCCAGCGUCAACGUCAAGACCUGGCCCACUAUCAUAGACACAGACGACCUCCCCAGGAGGAGGCCCCCUCAGCUCUACAAGCCCCCCACAGCAGAGAUGCUGGCCUACCUGGACUUCAGUGUGUCCACCACAGGCAUGCUGACCGGGGUCAAGAUGUCCCACUCGGCGGUCAGUACUCUGUGUCGCUCCAUCAAGCUACAGUGUGAGCUCUACUCCUCGCGUCAAAUAGCCAUCUGUCUGGACCCCUACUGCGGCCUGGGCUUUGUACAGUGGUGCCUCUCCAGUGUCUACUCAGGUCACCAGUCCAUCCUGAUCCCUCCUAUGGAGUUGGAGCUGUCCUUGCCUCUGUGGCUGAGCACCCUGAGCCAGUACAAGAUCAGAGACACCUUCUGUUCCUACUCUGUCAUGGAGCUCUGCACCAAGGGCCUGGGAACGCAGACUGACGCACUCAAGGCACGGGGUGUGAAUCUGUCGUGUGUGAGGAGCUGUGUGGUGAUAGCAGAGGAGCGUCCCCGGCUGGCACUGACCCAGUCCUUCUCCAAGCUGUUUAAAGACCUGGGUCUCUCCCCCCGCGCGGUCAGCACAGCCUUCGGAUCUAGGGUCAACCUAGCCAUCUGCCUACAGGGAACUGCUGGACCAGACCCCUCCACCGCCUAUGUAGACAUGAAGUCCCUCCGCCAUGACAGGGUGAGGUUGGUGGAGCGAGGUGCCCCCCAGAGUCUUUCACUCAUGGAGUCAGGCACUAUUCUUCCAGGGGUGAGGGUGAUCAUCGUGAACCCGGAGACCAGGGGACCGCUGGGGGAUUCCCAUCUUGGAGAGAUCUGGGUUCAGAGUCCCCACAGUUCCAGUGGCUACUAUACCAUCUAUGGAGAGGAGAGCUUGCAGGCGGACCACUUCAACACGCGGCUGAGCUUCGGGGAGCCCCACACCCUGUGGGCCAGGACGGGAUACCUGGGCUUUGUCAAGAGGACCGAGCUACUGGGGUCCACCGGAGAUCGGCAUGACGCCCUGUUUGUGGUUGGCCAGUUGGAUGAGACGUUGGAGCUCAGGGGGCUUCGCUACCACCCCAUCGACAUCGAGACCUCUGUGUCCCGGGCACACCGCAGCAUCGCUGAGAGUGCUGUGUUCACAUGGACCAACCUCCUGGUGGUAGUGGCUGAGCUGGCCGGGUCGGAGCAGGAGGCCCUGGACUUGGUGCCUCUGGUGACCAAUGUAGUUCUGGAGGAGCACCACCUGAUCGUGGGCGUGGUGGUCGUCGUGGACCCGGGCGUCAUCCCCAUCAACUCCCGGGGAGAGAAGCAGAGGAUGCACCUCCGGGACUCGUUCCUGGCCGACCAGCUGGACCCCAUCUACGUGGCCUAUAACAUGUGAGAUGUGAGGAGGAGGGCCAAGCCCCAGACACACUGGGGUGAAGGCUGACCAUGGGGGUCCACUGGGGUGAAGGCUGACUAUGAGGGUCCACUGGGGUGAAGGCUGGCUAUGCGGGUCCACUGGAGUGAAGGCUGACUAUGGGGGUCCACUGGGGUGAAGGCUGACUAUGGGGGUCCACUGGGGUGAAGGCUGACUAUGGGGGUCCACUGGGGUGAAGGCUGGCUAUGCGGGUCCACUGGAGUGAAGGCUGACUAUGGGGGUCCACUGGAGUGAAGGCUGACUAUGGGGGUCCACUGGGGUGAAGGCUGACUAUGGGGGUCCACUGGGGUGAAGGCUGGCUAUGGGGGUCCACUGGGGUGAAGGCUGACUAUGGGGGUCCACUGGGGUGAAGGCUGACUAUGGGGGUCCACUGGGGUGAAGGCUGACUAUGGGGGUCCACUGGGGUGAAGGCUGACUAUGGGGGUCCACUGGGGUGGCUGGCUAUGCGGGUCCACUGGAGUGAAGGCUGGAUAUGGGGGUCCACUGGGGUGGCUGGCUAUGGGGGUCCACUGGAGUGAAGGCUGGAUAUGGGGGUCCACUGGGGUGGCUGGCUAUGGGGGUCCACUGGAGUGAAGGCUGGAUAUGGGGGUCCACUGGGGUGGAGGCGAGGGUGUGUAGAGGCUCUAAGAAUGAGUUGGACAGAGAGAGAGGCGGGGGUGUGGGAUAGACUGCUCCUCCUGAGAACGGACCUCUCACAUUCACUCAUCUGUCAGUGGGACAGCGUGGCAGAACAGGAGUGGCGAUGGUGAAUGGGCUUGGACUUAGUUUAGCCACCCUGUUACAGUGUCUUCUGCCUAAGUGCGUGCUCUCGCCAGAGUCUACUAUGUUUAUCGAGUUUUUCGGUGGGAGUGAAGCUACAGCAUGUCCGUUUGCAUGAGGUUGAGCUGCUUCUUACUGGUGCUUAUCCAACCACUCCCCACCUCUCUCUGACAGAGGAGGAAUAGGAUUGGUUACUUCUUUUUGAUUGAUAUUUAGGUCCACCUGUCAAGGAGACGUUUGCCAAUCUUGGCCAUCCACUGUCUCUCCCCUCUUCUCUCCCGACUGCUCCGAUCAAUGAUUUUAUCCCCAGAAAUAAUGAUUUUUGUGCAUCUUGUUUUACAGAGGAAGACAAAAACUGUAGAGAUUUGUUUAUCGUCUCAAUCCAUUCCAUGGUUUGUUUUUAGUUCAGCCUGUACCUUGCUCUCUCCUUUCUCCUGAGGGAUCCACAGUCCGUCAUGUUUGUCAGGAUGGGACUGUGGAGCCAAUGAGACGAGCUGGAAGCCCCCCCCCCCCCAUGCACUUUAACCUUUCCUUGUCCUUCCAUAAUCUGUCCUGUCUCUCCUAGCCUGGUCUCAGAUCUGUUUGUGCUGUCUUGCCAACUCCUCAUGUGACAAUGACUGUGCAAACAGAUCUGAGACCAGGCUUGGUGUGUGUCCCAAAUGGCACCCUAUUCCCUAUAUAGUGCAUAUAUGUCUCCUGGGUAGUCGAUGUGAAACUGACUUCCUCUAACCACCAUUUUUCAUGACACAAAUCAGAUCAACAACUAUUCAAACAAUACAAUUACCGCCAGCGAGUACAGCUCACUUCAGGCCAAUGGAUGCCUGCACCUCUAUAGCUGCACUUACAUUCCGAGCUGCGAUCGAUCGGUCAUCUAACGUUUCUGUCCCACACAUCUCUAGGUUUGUUUUAACGGCUCACUGCUAUGUUACAAGCUUUCUGACUUGCUGGAAGAAAUCACUUUUAAAACCCACUUUGAAUUGGUAUGAAACGAAAAAGGAUGUGCAACAAACAUAUCAGCAGCAAACGGAAACAACAAAACGGACAAAGCUGUUUAAGUCCUUGGAUGUAUGAGCGGGAAUGACAGUGAUCUUAUCGAUCAUGUAAAGAAAAGGAACUCCUGUUUAACUGUAACGCUAUUCAAUGGGCUUGCGGUUAUAUGUCUGUGCAGCCACAAGACAAGGUAAACUAGUGUAGAUAUUUACCUUUAAACAUCUGUAUUCACUAUAGUGCACCAUACAUUAAUGAAUUGUAAAUAAUCAUUAUUUAAAUAUCAAGCAAACACAAUACCGGUAAUAUGGAACAAUAAGAUUGACUUCUGAUUAUCUUAUUGGCUGAUAUCACGGCGGCUCCUAUACCGAGUCACUAUAUCUUACCUUGAAUAAGUAUCAGUCAGUCAGUCGACUGCUUAGCCUCAGUCACAGGCUAUCAACAAGCGAAGCCUGGCGUCCAAGGCUAGUCAAUUGCUAAGCUUGUUUCUUCGUUCUGUACUGUCCAUUGAGCCACAAAGGGCAUCUUCAACUCUGACUAACUUCACGAGGCUACAUCGGGGUUAUCAGGAGACUGCUGCCCUGUGCCUUUCUGUUGUGUUAACAUGAAACGUAAGAUCUUCAUAGAUCAACGACUUGGUGUAUUACCAAAACAGUUUGCAGUGGGUAUAAGAUGAGAACAAAUUCUUGCCUUAUAAAACCUGUGGAACUUUUAACAUUUCUGUUUUGAUUUGUCAAAGGCUUUCAUUUUAUUGCUGUGCUUGUGAUGAAUAGAAAAGGGAUUGCAGAGGGUAAGGUUGAGAUGUUGACUGUAUAGCAUAGUGUAUAUUUUAGAGGUCAAAAACUGUAUAACUGGUGUUACUGUGUACAUUGACAUGAUGAACUUAUUCUUUACGUUGAUAAAACUUGACUGGUCUUUCAUACUUGACAGCCAAUUUCUGCAUUACUGACAUAAAAAUAGGCUAAGUAACAAAUUGCAAAAUUUAAAAAAAAGUAUCUUAUGGUUUGGCAGGUGGUAACGAUUUGCACUUUCCCAUAUCAUUACUGUGUGUGUGUGUGUGUGUGUGUGUGUGUGUGUGUGUGUGUGAUCGUAUGGUUUAAAUGGUGACAUUGUUUGUCUUUUCCUUGUGCAAAAAAAGUUUCAUUGCCCUUUUUAAUUAAAUGAACAUCAAAAUAUUGAACAAUAUUUUAGUUCCAGAUUGGCUUUUUUUUAUGUCAAAUUCACUGUACUACAGUUUUUAUCAGUUGAUAAACCACUUCUUUUUUUUUUAUCCAAAUGAGACAUUAUUGAUUUAAAUGUAAUUCUAAUGGUUUUUCAUGCAAGUUCUGUUCUCUUUCUCAUGAACUCUUCUUUCAACGACCCUACAUUAACAGCACAACUCUGUUGCAAAACAAAAGCCUUGUUUGAUUUGGAAGUAGUUUAGACUACUUGAAUGACAGACAAACAUUGUAAUUUAUAAGUCAAUCUCUUGAGUGAAGUUGAAAUUGAAUGGUUCAUAAAUAAAUGUAUUGAACUUGGA